CCAAUCGUGUAAGACCACGAUCGCAAUGGCGCCGUGGCUGAAUAGUUUUGUGUUAUCUGGUGGUUGAGUUGAAGCUUGUGAAGCUAACGAAUCCUAUUUUCUUAUUUACGAAGUCUGUAUUGCCGUGGCUCAAUUUUUUAUUUAGUCAUGUAUCAUUGUGGCUUGUUAUUGGUAUUAUUGGAUCUGUCUUUAGAUGUGGUUGGGAGUGUUACUCAAUUAGAGAUUGACAGGCAUUUGGAAUUAGGUAAAGAAUUUCUAGCUAAGGGUCAGCUGCAAGAUGCUUUAUCACAUUACCAUGCAGCUGUCGAGGGAGACCCCAAUAAUUAUCUGACAUAUUAUAAGAGAGGCACAGUAUACUUAGCACUAGGUAAAGCAAAAUUUGCACUCCUGGAUCUUGAUAAAGUUUUGGUAUUAAAGCCAGAUUUUACAUCUGCAAGACUGCAGAGGGGUAAUGUGUUGCUUAAACAGGCUCAAUUUGAUAAAGCUGAAGCAGAUUUUCAUGAUGUGUUGGCAGUAGAACCACACAAUACAGAUGCUUUAAAUGCUUUAUAUAAAAUAGAACCUGCACAGCAAGCUCUGGCAGUUGCAGAAAAUUUAAUGGGAAAUGGUGACUACAUGUCUGCAAUGCACACUCUUUCCACAGUCAUCGAAGUAUGUCCAUGGUCUGUUAAACUUAGGGAACUUAGAGCUGAAUGCCAUGAAGCACUCGAGGAUUUCAUCAGUGCUAUUUCUGAUGUCCGGUCUACAACUAAGUUACAGUCUGAUAACACUGAGGGAUUUUUGAAAUUAGCUACACUGCAUUAUCGUCUUGGACAAGUAGAAGAAUCAUUGAAGGAAAUUCGAGAAUGUUUGAAACUCGAUCCGGAACACUCAAAGUGCUUUUCAUUUUAUAAAAAAAUAAAGAAAAUAGCGAAGUUAUUAGCAGACGCGGAAACGUCCGAAGAUACGAGAGAUUACGAUGGAUGCAUAGUUUCUGCUCAGGCUGUAUUUAAGCUCGAACCAAGUAUAGCAAAUGUACGUUUUCUCGCUCAUCAACUUCUCUGUAAGUGCUAUACUGGCAAUUCGGAUUCGACUAAGGCAAUUCAGAAUUGCCAAGAAGCUUUGAAAAUGCGAAAAGAACCUGGAGUGUAUUGCGACAGCGCGGAGGCGUAUCUCGCCGCCGAGAUGUUUGACGAUGCAAUAAGGGAUUUCAAAGAAGCUUUAGAAAUUAACCCGAGUCUACAAAGGGCGAAGCAGGGUCUUCAUAAAGCUCAACAACGCCAAAAGCUCUCGGAAUCGCGGGAUUAUUACAAAAUUUUGGGUGUGUCGAGGACAGCAUCGAAACGGGAUAUUAUUAAAGCAUAUAGAAAAGCUGCACAAAAGUGGCACCCUGACAACUUUCAGGAAGGGGAGGAAAAGAAACGAGCGGAGAAAAGGUUUAUUGAUAUCGCAGCGGCCAAAGAAGUAUUGACCGACGAUGAGAAAAGAGCGAAAUUCGACCAAGGAGAAGAUCCGUUAGAUCCAGAAUCAGGGAAACAUCAACAAGGUUUCAAUCCCUUCCAAGAAUUCCAUCACUUCCAUGGUUCUCCCUUCCAAUUUAAGUUCCACUUCAAUUAGUCACCUUUUUGAUCUCACGGUACUAGCCCAAGUAAAAUUUCUAAAUUAUCAUAUUGUCACUUUAUACGCGACAUAACCAUUUCAAUCUUAGCUGAAGUUUAAUUUCGCUAAUCUACCUCGACGGUAGUCAUACGUCUUGCAUAUGCAUUGAACCGGAAGACUGUACGCGGAAAAUGUCAAUCACUCGGUAAGUUGGAUAGCUGACCAAUAAUUAGUCACACACGGUGAUGAUAUUCGCGGCAUUUUCAAAUAACAAAUAGGUAAACAAAUAACUAUACGAGUAUGGUUCAUCUUUAUGUUAAGCGUUUCGAUCUUCGGUUUGUUUCUGAAUCAUUGGUUCGUUGAUAUAAUUAUUGAAAGUUAACCUAUAAAUAAUAUCUACGAAUAAUUUCAUACUAUCGCCAUAGUAAAUUAUAAUAAUUUCGAGGCAAUUGAUUUACUGAACAAUAUAUUUUAUUCCUCGUAUAUGUAUAACUACGCUGAUCAGUUGUCAGUUAGAUGAAGAUUUUUUACUAAUCAAUUUCGUACCCUCUAUAAAUGAGCCGUGUAUUAUGACUGUGGCGAACCCAUGUAUACCCUCUGCUUCAUGAUAUAAAAAGUUUGAUAAAUGCCAAUUGCCUCGUAUGCUUUUAGCGACUGGUAGUAAAAUAUUUCUUCUAUUAUUACAACUGGACAUAAAUCAUUUUCAUAAUGAAUGCUAUGUUGGUUCUGUGUAAGAACUGGACAUGGAUUGAAGUGAUAUAAUAAAGAAAUCCUUCCUCUUUGAUUUAAAAAAAAAAAAAAAACUUGAACUCACAUCACAUAUAAUGGACGGCUCAUCUGAAAUAAAAGUGAUUAGAAUCGCAAUUAAUUAAUGCCAUAGAAUAUACGGCGGCGACACUGCCAUCCGAGUGUUACGGCAGGCUGUGGAUCGUUGAGUUUAGCUUGAUACUGUACGAUGAUUGCAUCGAAUGUACACUAGAAAAGUCAUUUUCGGUAAUACAGUAAUCGAGUGCACUUGUUUAAAGUGUGAAUAGCGUAGUAUAGAAUGCAGUGGCAGUUAUGUGACAUUAAUACAAAGUUACGUAGGACAGUGCUGUGUGCGUGUUGUACUUGCAUGAGUGCGAGAAGAACUUUAUGUAAAUACUGUAUCUCUGAUAUCUGUUUAAAUAUAUUUGAAUAAUUUAUACAAACACACUCGUAUCAUUUGCAUAAAAAAUGUGCGAGAAUUUUUAUAAUAAAGUACGCGAAGGGUGUACAUAGCGCUCUUCAACAUUCGUUAUAUUUUAUAAAUUUUCUUAACGUACAUCGAUCUAGGGACAUCAAGACUUUCUUCCAAAUAGUAAUUCUGUUCCUGUACCUGUUAAUUUCUUUGUUAAUUAUUCGUGUACUCGUUUGCAGAUGAGUAUACUGAAAAGCGUUACCGUGUUAUAAAAUAUCGACAAUUUAUUUGUGCUAAAACCAAGAAAUAUAAAGUUAUUUCAUGCAUAAUAUAAGAUUCUAAGAUUCCAUAUUCAUCUCUAGAAUUAAUUUAGCUUCAUAUUUUUAUUGCACAACAGUCUAU